AUGUCACGUAUUAUUGUAAAAAAUUUACCCAAAUAUGUGGAUGAGAAUCGUUUAGAGAAUCAUUUUUUAAAACGAUGUGAAUCUUUACAUCCAUCUUUAAAAACCUCAACUAAAUUGAUCACUGAUGUUAGGCUAUUAAAGGAUAAAGAUGGGAAUAGUCGUAAAUUUGCAUUUAUUGGCUACUUAAAUGAAUCUGAUGCAUUUGAUGCAAUCAAAUAUUUUGAUGGGAGUUUCAUUGAUACUGCUAAAAUCCAAGUUUCACAGGCAAAAUCGUUUGUUGAUCCAAGGGUUCCCAAACCAAUGAAGGAAAAAAAGAGAGAAGCUUUAAAAAGAUUGAGAGAAAAGGAAGAACAACUUUUAGAAGAAAAGGAAAUGGAGAAUAAUAGUAAUAAAAAAUUAAAAUCAAAUGAAAUUGUAAAUCAUAAAAGUUCUAUUGAUAAAGAAGUUGAAAAAAAUAGAUUGUUACGUGAAUUUAUGGAAACUAUGAAUCCAAAUAAACAAUCAAAAUCUUAUAACGAGUUAUUGGCCAAAGACAAACCUGAAAAGAGCGAAAAUAGUAUUAUUACUAUGGAUGCUGAACAUAAUACAAAUGAAGAGGAUGCUAUACCUUCCAACCCUUUAUUAGCCACUGUAAUGGGUUUGAAAAAUAAAAAUCUAAAAGAAACUGGUGAAGAAAGCGAUGAUGAAUAUUUGGAUCUUCAUCAAAAGGAGCAAAAAGAUGCAGAAAUUGUCACCAACGAAAAAGAGGAGGAAUCUGCUAAAGAGGACGAACAAAUGGUAAGCUUAGAUGCCUUUGAAUCUACAUCAGAUGGCUUAGCUAAAGAUGAACAAGUUACUGAUCUUGAUUGGCUCAAAAAUAGGAGAGUUAGAAUACGUGAACGUGGCUUGGAUAAGGCCACCAAAGACGAAGAUGUUAAGUCUGAGAAAGAAAAAGAUAAUCACGAGGAAAAAGAAGUUCAAAAUGUGGUUGUAGAUCAGGAGGAGAUAAAUAUUACAAAAAUUAAAGAAACUGGCCGUUUGUUUUUACGUAAUAUUCUUUACACUUCUACAGAGGAUGAUUUCAGAAAACUAUUUUCUCCAUUCGGAGAGUUGGAGGAAGUUCACAUUGCCUUGGACACUAGAACAGGCAAGUCUAAAGGGUUUGCUUACAUUUUGUUUAAAAAUCCAGAAGAUGCAAUACAAGCUUAUAUCGAACUAGAUAAACAAAUUUUCCAAGGUAGGUUGCUUCACAUUUUACCAGCAGAUGGUAAAAAAUCGCAUAGGCUAGAUGAGUUUGAUUUGAAGAAUAUGCCAUUGAAAAAGCAGAGGGAGUUGAAAAAAAAGGCAAGUGCUUCCAAACAAACUUUCCAGUGGAAUUCCUUGUAUAUGAACCAAGAUGCCGUUUUGAACAGUGUGGCAGCAAAGCUUGGCAUGAAAAAAUCCGAAUUACUAGAUCCAGAGAGUACUAGCUCUGCAGUCAAACACGCAUUGGCUGAAGCCUCUGUUAUUGGAGAUGUUCGAAAAUAUUUUGAAAAGAAAGGUGUUGAUUUAACUAGUUUUGAAAACACCAAACGUGACGAUUCUGUUUUAUUGGUUAAAAAUUUCCCAUAUGGAACAACCAAAGAAAAUUUAGCUGAAUUAUUCUUGCCGUUUGGCAAAUUGAAAAGAUUAUUGCUUCCCCCUGCAGGUACAAUAGCCAUUGUACAAUAUAGGGAUAUCACGAGUGCUAAGGCCGCUUUUACAAAGUUGUCUUAUAAAAGGUUCAAAGAUACUAUUUUAUAUUUGGAAAAAGGUCCAGUCGGGUGUUUUACAAGGGGUCCCGAAGGCGAUGAACUUAUUGACUCAAAUGAGGAAGAAACAUAUGAAAUUGAAGUUAAAGAAAUCAAACCAUCCAUGGUGGAUAUUAUUAGCGAUUCCCAAGCUAAAGAAAUGCAUGUUGACGGUCCAACUACUUCAAUAUUUGUCAAAAACUUAAAUUUUACAACAACCUCUCAAGAUUUGGUUGCCAAAUUUAACACCUUUGACGGAUUUGUUGUCGCUCAAGUUAAAACCAAACCAGAUCCAAAAGAUAAUAGUAAAACAUUGUCUAUGGGAUUUGGUUUUGUUGAAUUUAAAACGAAGGACCAAGCAGAUACUGUUAUCAAAACAAUGGACGGUGCUGUAAUUGAUGGUCAUAAAAUACAGUUGAAAUUAUCACACAGGCAGAAUGCGUCUGCUGGUAGUAGUUCCAAUUCGAAGAACAAAGGUAAACCUAGUUCUAAAAUUAUUGUUAAGAACUUACCAUUUGAAGCCACUAGGAAAGAUGUAUUUGAAUUAUUUGGUUCUUUUGGCCAAUUGAAAUCAGUUAGGGUUCCAAAGAAGUUUGAUAAAUCUGCUAGAGGUUUUGCCUUUGUUGAGUUUUUGUUGCCAAAAGAAGCCGAGAAUGCAAUGGAUCAAUUGCAAGGUGUCCAUUUAUUAGGUCGUAGACUAGUUAUGCAAUAUGCCGAACAAGACGCUGAAGAUGCGGAGGAAAAGAUUGAAAGAAUGACUAAAAAGGUUAAGAAACAAAUGAAUACUAGGGAAUUGGCUAAUAUGAGAAAUUCUACAAGGGGCAAGUUUGAUAUUGGUAAAGAGGAUGACAAGGACAUUGAUUUUUAA